AUGUUUUUUACUCUUCGCCGUGCUUAUAUCAUGCUUGGAAUAGUGUUUCUCUCUUUUUUGGCUGGCACUUUGGCGGAACUGGGCUACCAGUACCAGCAGAAUAGUUACGGAGCAGCUGUCCAUGGCUAUGGGAAUGAAGUUGCUUUGCCCGAGGAGAAAUUCAAUGCGCAACCAGGAAAUCACUACCAGGAGAAUGCCGACUUCCAUAAGCACUUCUAUGCCUUUGAGGCACCCUACGAUUCGGCGGAGGAGGCUGAUCUAGUGGAAACCAAACUGGCAUCCCUCACCGAGAAGAACCUCCAGGUGGUGUUCAUCAAGGCGCCCGAGAACAAGGCGGUGGUGGGUGCCCUGAGCGCCCUGGCCAAGCAAACCAGUGAGGAUAAGACGGCUAUUUAUGUCCUCAACAAGCAGACGGAUGCCCACGAACUGGCUAGCGAAAUAGCCGCCUUGAAGGCGCAUCACAAGCACAAGCCGCAGGUUCACUUUGUCAAGUACAGGACGGAGGCGGAGGCUGCCCAGGCCCAGCAGUACAUUCAGGCGCAGUACGGCGGGGGAGCAGCGGUUCCCCAGUCAUCGCAGGCGUCAUCCUUGGGCUACUACCCGGAGCAGCAGCCGCAAUACGAGCAGAACUUGCCAGCUUCCCAAGCAGAUUACCUGCAACCAGCUCAGCAAUCUGCCUAUCAACCGCAGUCGGGCUACCUGCCGCCCCUGCCCAGUUACUCCUCCAUUUCGCAGGGCUACAAUGCAGCAGGAGCCUCCAAUGUGGGACAGAUUGACCUGCCACCUGUUCCCGAAGCUCAACAGGAUCUGUCGGCCAGCUACAACAACGAGGCCAGCGUGGACUUUCGCUCCGCCAGAUCAAGACGCUUUGAUUUCCGAGCCAAUGAGCGACGUAGAUCUGGCAGUCGCAUGGUCUUUCCCACGGAGGUGGGUUCCUCCAAAUCAUACCUCACCUCGAAACCAGGCAAACGCCUGCGGCUCUAGGUGAUGCCCAACACACCAAAUUAAGACAUUAAAUUUUGUGCCAUAAGUUAAC